CCUGCAUGUGUGUUUUGGGAGAGUGAAGAAAGGAGGUGGGGAAGAGGGCGGUCUGCUCGGCGAAAACCACUCAUUGAAGCCGCUUAGAGCGGCGGAGAGAGGGCAUCGAAGUGGAGUAAGCGAGAAGAGCCCUCUAUUACCCCGGGGCAAAAGCUCUGGAAUGACACAGACCGAAGAAAAUUAUGAAGACCUUUCUCACAUGACUGAUGGAAGGUUGGCCGUUGGCUCACUAAUGUUUUCAAAGACAUUCUCAGUGACUUGCAAGCAAACUCCAUUUUCUACUAAGGAGAGGAAGGAGAUUGAGCAUCGUAUCAGUUGAGGCCUGUGGACCUGUAGACUCUAAUGGCAACUGGUUGCCCUGAGGAACUGUGCACUGCAGUGGUCUGUACUGUAUGUACCCCGUGAGGUGUGUUUAUUACGAAUAAUGAACGGAAUUGUGGGCAGACCUUGAAACAUUCUCUCGUGGAAUAUCACGUCAUGUACCAGCCUGCACGCUGAUAAAGAGGCAGACCUCUGGAAGCUAAGGAUCAGAGGAAGAAGCAACCACUGAGCACCAAGUUGAAAGACGAUCCAGUUGGUCAAUGAACAUAGCUGAAGAGAUUUGUGGCAUUUGAUUUAAUUCCGUUGAAGUAAGGAUUUACUUUGUCACUGACAUCUUAACUAUUGGAGGACAUUCAAUUCUGGUUCUUUUUUCAUUAGCUGAAAAAUACUUUCCUAGAUAUUUUUUUGCGUGCAGAAGGGCCUAGCACCUGUUGGGAUUAAAUCAUGUGUCAUGUGAUUGUUACCUGCCGCUCAAUGCUAUGGACCCUGCUGAGUAUAGUGGUGGCCUUUGCUGAACUGAUUGCAUUCAUGAGUGCAGACUGGCUGGUGGGCAGACCAAAGGCCAACGGCACGCCUGCUCCGGUAAACCGCUCCAGCACUUCCAACGAUCCUUACCGCCCCACUCUGGGCAUAUACAGCCGCUGCAUCAAGGUGACCCACCAGGUCAACUCAAAGCGAGGGAGUCUGUGCGGUCCGUACGCCGAAAGCUUUAAUGAAAUUGCCAGUGGAUUCUGGCGAGCCACUGCUAUUUUCCUGGCGACAGGGAUUCUCAUUCUAUGCACUGUGGCUUUUGUGUCCGUCUUUACCAUGUGCGUACAGAGUUUCCUGAAGAAAAGUAUUUUUAACAUUUGUGGAUUACUACAAGGAAUUGCAGGCCUCUUCCUAAUUCUCGGCCUGAUCCUGUAUCCUGCUGGAUGGGGUUCUCAGAAGGUCAUGGGCUAUUGUGGACCAGAUGUUUCACCUUAUCAAUUAGGUGCCUGUUCGCUGGGCUGGGCCUUUUACACAGCAGUUGGUGGCACAGUCCUCACAUUCCUUUGUGCAGUGUUAUCUGCACAAGCAGAGAUUGCAACGUCAAGUGAUAAAGUACAGGAAGAAAUUGAAGAAGGGAAGAAUCUCAUCUGUUUGCUGUGAGAAAACGCCUUCUAUUUCAGCUUUUGGGGUAGCUUUUCUUUUUGUUUUUAAAAAUGGGGGACCAGAAAUGUUGGUGACUUACUAUCUCCACAUUGAAUUUAUAAUUCAUGUGUAUGUGUGUGCAUAAGUGGCAACGAUUUGGACCUUACUUCCAAUCCAAGAUCGAUAUAAUACGAGAAGUGUCACAUACCAAACCAAAGCUUUCAUGAUGAAAAUGAUUAUCUUGCUCUUUCAUUUUUAAAAGCCUGUCUGCAUCACAGUAUUGGAUAUGUAAAGAGUUAAAAGUCAAAGCCAACUCACAUUAGAGGUGAUCAAAAUUCUUUCAUGUGCAAUCAAACACUGAUGGAUAAUUAAGAAAAUAUUUUAAAUUGUCAAAGGAUACAAAUUUUCAGUCUAAAAUUUCAUUCACUGUUGAAUGCAGCCUGCACCAUUAAAUAUUACAACCAUGAGUCUUUCUGUAACAACAUGUGCAGCAUUGAUCUUAUCUCCAAUUUUACUAACACCAUGGCAAAAAUAUCAUAUUUUAAUUAAAUGGGUGGCUUGCACCUUAGUAAGAAAGUCACCCAAACUAUUUAGGUACAAUGCAUGAAAUUGUUACACAUUACCCUUCUUGGUAAGUACAAGUGGACUGACUGAAAAGUUUUUAUGGCGUAAUUAUGUGCCCAGGAGCAUAAGUAAGACAAACGUUCAAAAUAAGGAGGCAAUUCACAUAUGACCUAGAUACAAAUCUCUUCAGUGGGACAUUUUGUUUUAAAUAUUAGGACAACGGAAUAUUAGCUAGAAAAAAACUUGUUUUAAUGCACUCCACCUUUAUGUAAUACUUUUGAGAUGGUCAUAAUAGAUUUAACCUUGUAGCUCAACAGCAGUCCAAGGUCAGCAUGAAGCUAACGUUAAAUGAACUGUGAAUCUGCCCUAUUUGGAGAAAACCUCAACCUGUUUAGUAAGCAACUUGAAGUUUAGAAGUUGGUAUUUACCAUCAGUACCAAUUACUCAGCGCCAGAAGUUUUCAUUGCUUCAAUUUUGAUGCUCUUUAGUAUUUCCUCAUUUAAGGCUUAAUACCAGUGUGAAUGUCUGAGAACCAUUACACCUUUUAAUAUUGCCUGUAUUUGGUCACUUCAAAUGAUAUUUACAUGAGCAACUUUCAAUGCAAACGGCCACUGGGUAUAUUCAUUGCCAUUUCCAUCAAAAUUACUCUUUGGAUUGACUUUGUUAUGAUCCACUGCUAAUUACAUAUAAUACUGUGAGGUGUAAGAAUUUCAGUUGAUUUUGAUUUUAAAAAUUCACCCCUAUAAUCAUUUCAUGGACAUUCAAGAACUGAUAUUUUUCAAGAUUACCAACAUAAUUGAUUUUGUGAAAGUGUUGCAAUGGGGAGAAUGGAGAUUGGGAAGCCAAAGCAACCAUAGUGUAUUCUUAAUGACUAACUGGCUUUGUUAUGUGAUAAUAAAAUACUGGCGGCAACAUGCAUCAAAGACUAGGUGGUGUAACCACAGAAUUAAACUAUUUUGGAAGAAAAUUGGAAGGAAAUAAGGAAGUCUUUCUUUCCUAAGACUUACUGCCUGAUUGUAAGAAAAACGAAUGGGCUGCAGAAACUGGCUCGCCAAAUAUUAUCUGUGCCAAUAAACCUGUGUUUAUUUGUUCUGUGAUUCUAUAUUGAUCACAUUUAAAUAAAAAAGAAUUCUGGCUGGUAUUCAUUACAUAGCUCAAAAUGUUUAAUGUUACGUGCCAUAGUCUUUUAAGAUUUUAGCCAUUAUUUAAAAUUUACACCAUGUGUGAAAUAUGUGCAAUAAUUAAUAAAGAAAUUGAAAUUGUUUAUAGAGCAUUUGUGCAUGGUAAAAAGAGAACAGACUUUGAUUCAGGCUGAUGCAAAGGAACUUACUCAUUUUUGUUGUGGGAGCCACUAUAUAUAUCCCUUUAUCCAGCAAUUCCUUAACAGUAUUAUUAAACUAGUGACCUCAGGUGUUCACUUUGUCAUGUCAAAGUGGAAUAUCCAGAAUUCCAAACUCCAGUCAACACCUCCGCCUGAGCUUUGUGCUUUGGUUUUCCAAAAGCACUUGCUGGAUUGAGCAAAGCUACCAAACAACAGUUGCUGCUGAGUAAAGGGAGGUAGAUGUAACCCUUAAUUGAGUUAUCCCUUACUAACCUAAGGUGCAGAUUCAGGACCUUCCUUUGGAGAGUUAGAUUAAUCCAGCAUGGAACCAGGUCCUUUGGCUCAACUCAUCUUUGCCAAAUCCCAUGUCUCCCUGAAGUAGUCCUAAUUGACUGUAUUUGGCCUAUAAUCACUCCAGCUUUCCUAACCAUGAACCUGUCCAAAUGUCUUUUAAACAUUGUAAUUGUACUUGCCUUUACCACUUCCUCUGGCAGUUUGUUCCAUAUACCCACCUUCCUAGGGUAAGGAGCAUCUAUUAUGGUGUGGUGUAGAAUUUGUAGGAAUCAAAAAAGAGCAAAAAUGCUUUAAGAACCUUUCAGGUGCUGGUGCUUUUUUUUAAACUGCCAUCAUGCUCUUUGAUAAAUCAGUGGUUUUCCUCAACUUCUCUUUUUUUUGUUUUAUUAUACCAAAUUUAAUAUGUAUAUAAGAAUGAUUGAGAAAAGGGUGUGACAUUCAACCACUAAUCAUGAACAAUCAAUAUUGUUAUAAAACAACAUUUCUGCUAUAUUAACCUUUGUUAGAUGCUGAGGUACGAAUUGGGAAAUUGGUGUAAUAAAUUUCAAUGAAUAAUGGUUUUAUUCAGCUCUCUUUCAAGGUUACUUUGCACGCUACUUACACUGUAAUGAUAAGAGUUCUGCCAUCAUGAUGAAAUACUGUGAUAGUUUAUUGUUAAAUGGUCAGCUGGAUAUAAUGUUAUAUAGUACGGUCUCAGUCAGAGUUUCUUACUAUUCUUCGGUAGUUUGCUGAUGAGACUUACUAAACGCAAACUCCAAAGUAAAUAUUAAUCUCAGCUCUCCAAUACAAAUAUUAGAGAAACCACUUACCACACUGCAACUGUGUAUGUAACUACAUAUGAAGAUUUCAUUUCUGAAAACCUAGUUUAGUGGUUGAGCCAAAGUAACCCAGAAACUGUCCAAGCUGGCCAUUUAUCGUAUCGCUUACUUAAUGAGAAAAUUCAGCAGUGCUGUAUGUAUUUCUUUUUAUGUUUCUAAAAUGCUGAAAUUUGAAUGCAAAUCUGGAUUAUUAAAGCUCUGCAUUUCAUAAUUGCAA